UGUUCUUCUUCUCCAGCAAGCAACUCUGGCUUUAUUCCACACUCGGACCCCGGCCUACUCACUGCUCUCCUCUCUCGUUCUCGCGCUCUACUGAGGAAUUAUUUGGUAAGCGCUGCUGAAGUCAAGGAUAAGCGAGUUUCAAAUCGACUGCAGAAUACAGUUCACAAUGGUGAAAUCAAAGAAAUCUGGUGGUGGACGAAAAGGCAAGGCUGUCCCAAUCAAAGCUAAAGCUAAGGUGGUUGAAGAGGAGGAAUUCGAAGAAGAGGAAGAACAAGGUUCCCAAGAUAAUGGGAAGGACGAUCAUGAUGACGAGUCUUCUGAACCGGAAGAAAAUGAUGCACCACCGGCGAAACGCUCGAAAACAACUACCCCCGCGAAGAAAGGCAAGGCCGGACCGGCCUCUUCUAAGAAAGGCAAGACUGAACCUGCUGCUUCGAAAAAAGGAAAGGCAGGACCUGCAUCUAAAACCAAGCAGCCUGCUGCGGCGAACAAAGGACGUCCGAAAAAGUCUGUGGAGAAACCAGCAGCAGUAGAUUCCGAGUCCGAUGACGCCGACUCGGAUACGGAUUAUGAAGUGGAUAGUCUUUUGGAUGUCAAGUACAACAGGAAUGGUACGAAGGAAUUCCUGGUGAAGUGGAUUGGAUACCCUAAAUCUCAGGCUACGUGGGAGCCAGAGGGUAAUCUUAAUUGCCCUGAAAAAUUGGAAGCUUUUUCGAAAAAAUUGGAUGCGAUGAAGCAGGUCUCUACAAAAAGUCUCAGGACAGAUCGUAAGCAAACACAAGUAUACCAAGACUCGACGCGUAAUAAGGGCGUACGAACAAGCCGCCGGUUUGCGAAUUCGCCAAGUAAUUAUAAGCUUAACAUAAAGGACAACUUACCACGGUCAAGACGAAUAAGCCCUACAAAUAACAAUCUUGCUGCAAAGAAAAUUCGAGUGAAAGAAGGAAGGGUUGAAAAAUUGGCAAAUAAUCAGUUAUCUAAGUUUUCAUUGAAUAGGUUUUCAGUAUCAGGUUUUUCAUUGUUACCACGAUCUUCACGUAAAAUUACUCGGAAUUUAAAAUUAACUGCCUUAUUCUCAGCAACUGUUCUUUCGUUUGGUGCGGUAACUUAUAUAAAUUAUGAUUUUAUUAAACAGUUUUCUUGGGCGUCAGUCCAGCCCCAACUGUUCAACUUGUUUCAGACUUGUCAAAUAAUUUUCAGAAAUUUUUUUCAUUCAGCCUAAAUCCAUUGUUUCGUUCAUAAUUGUUAGUAUUUAUUUAUAAUCUCACGUUGUUGACUCUGGGAGAUGUGUACUACCAAAGUACUAAGAUUUUACAUUUAUAAAUAUGACAUACUAAAAAUUACAUUAUUGACAAAUAUGAUAAUCAUAAUAGCAUCAUAAUUCAUAACAUUACAACAACAACCUCGUUUCCGCCGGAAUUUGUAAAGUUUAUAAUUAAACUUGUUAUUUCAUAAAUACGAGAGAUUAGUGUAGCCUAUUAUCACUAGGAUAGAGCAGAACUAUUAAUUACUAUUGAUUACUAUUGAUUUUUGAUGUUGUAUGAUUAUUAUUAUUUUGUAAAAGGGUUGCAAUAAUUUGAAAAUAUAUGAAAGAUUAAUUUAAAA